AUGCCUCGUACGAGCCCGCAAGAGCAUCUCUGCCACGCUUCACCCUCCUUAUCUCACGGUGUAUCUUGUCCUCCCGUGCAGAGCUCCACCCAGGAGAUCGGAGAAGAGCUGGAGGAUGGUGUGAUCUACAGCAUAUCGCUCCGGAAAGUGCAGCUCCAUCACACAGCCAACAAAGGGCAGCGAUGGCUGGGGUUUGAGAAUGAGUCGGCCUUAAACCUCUACGAGACGUGUAAGGUGCGGACAAUAAAAGCUGGGACCUUGGAGAAGCUGGUGGAGUACCUGGUCUCAGCCUUCAAGGGCAAUGACUCCACCUAUGUCACCAUCUUCCUGUGCACUUACCGGGCCUUCGCCACCACCAAGCAAGUGCUGGACCUACUGCUUAACAGGUACGGCAAACUCCAUGUGCAGGCGAAUGGGGACCAUGCCAGGCACGCUGUGGAUGAGAGGAUGGAGCUGAAGAACACUAUCUCCUCCAUCCUGGGUGCCUGGCUGGACCAAUACUCGGAGGACUUCCGCAAGCCCCCGGACUUCGCCUGCCUCAAGCAGCUCAUCUCCUACGUGUGCCACAACAUCCCCGGCUCGGACCUGGAGCGCCGAGCCCGCAUCCUGCUGGCCCAGUUCCAGCAGCAAGAGCAGAGCGAGUCCGAGGCAGAAGCUGUGGACCAUGGCGGCUGCACCUUCCAGCUGGUGGAGGAGAACGGGGUCGGGGAUGGGAAGCCGGAUUUCCUCUCCUUCUCCCCAGAGAUGGUGGCAGAACAGUUCACGCUGAUGGAUGCUGAGCUGUUUAAGAAAGUGGUGCCUUACCACUGCCUGGGCUGCAUCUGGUCCCAGCGAGACAAGAAGGGCAAAGAGCACCUGGCUCCCACCAUCCGUGCCACGGUCUCGCAGUUCAAUAGCGUGGCCAACUGUGUCAUUGCCACGUGUCUCGGAGACCGGUCCCUGAAGCCGCAGCAGAGGGCUAAAGUGGUGGAGCGGUGGAUUGAAGUGGCUCGGGAGUGCCGCAUCCUGAAGAACUUCUCCUCCCUCCGAGCCAUCCUCUCGGCUCUGCAGUGCAAUGCCAUUCACCGGCUGAAGAAGACCUGGGAUGAAGUCCUACGGGAGAGCUUCCGCACUUUCCACGAGCUCUCCGAGAUCUUCUCCGAUGAGAACAACCACUCGCUGAGCCGGGAGCUUCUCAUCAAGGAGGGCACGUCCAAAUUUGCCACCUUGGAGAUCAACCCAAAGAGGGCUCAGAAGCGGCAGCAGCAGCAGCGAGAGAUGGGCGUGAUGCAGGGCACCAUUCCCUACCUUGGCACCUUCCUCACGGACCUGGUGAUGCUCGACACCGCCAUGAAGGAUUUCCUGGACGAGUUCGAAGUCAUCGCCCAGAUCAAGCUGCUGCAGUCAGCCUGCAACAACUACAGCUUCACACAGGAGGAUCAGUUCGCGGACUGGAGCUCAAACCCUCUCUCCCUUCCCAGCUACGGGCUGUCCUGUGAGAUUGAGCCACUGUCAGAGUCAGCCAGCAACACGUUGAAGGCGAAGAAAAACACGGGCAUCAUCAAGCGAUGGAGCGAGUGA